AAACACCGUGUUUGUUGGAAACCGGAUUUAUUUUAUAUUGAGUAACAGUGAAAAGAGGCGUUCUGCGGCGGCGCGGCGGCAGCAGCCCGCCCGUGAGGCGGCGGGGCCGCCCCUGUCAGCCCGCCCUCGGGCGGUUUCGGGGCCGCGACAUGGGGGACGACCUCAAGCCGGACGGCGACAGCCUGCUCCAUUCAGAGAAAGAGUUUCAUAAUGCGGCAAAACGUAAUGACACAGCUAGGAUGGAGGAGCUCAUUAGGAGAGGAGUUGACAUAAAAGCCAAAACCAGUACAGACCGGACUGCCCUGCACUGGGCCGCAGGAGCGGGGAACGUGGAUGCUGUGCGACUGCUGCUGGACCACGACAUCCCACUGGAUGAUGAAGACAGUUUUGGAAUGAAUGCACUUCUCCUGUCUGCCUGGUUUGGCCACCUCCGCGUCCUGCAGAUCCUUGUCAAUGCCGGAGCCAAGAUUAACUGUGUCAACAGGAGUGGCGGGAACCUGCUCCACUGUGCAGCUCAGAGGGGACACGUCCAGGUGAUGGAGUUUGUUAUGGAGGACCUGGAGGACAUGUGUGUGGAUAAGACUGACAAUAUGGACAGGACAGCAUUUCAUCUGGCUGCAGAGCAUGGGCGGCUGGAGGUGGUGGAGUUUCUGAUUUGCCUGGGUUGUUCUCACAGUGCCAAAGACAAGGAAGAAAAUACAGCCUUGCAUUUAGCUGCUAGAAACGGACAUUGCUCUGUGCUGCAGAAGAUUAUAGAAGUUGGAGUGGACCUUGAUGAAAAGAACUUUGAAGGACUUACAUCUCUGCACCUGGCUGCUGAGGGGGGUCACAGCGACUGUGUGAAGUUGCUCUUGGAAGCAGGUGCUGAUGUCAACGCCCAAACCCAGAAGAAGAUGAACUGCCUUCAUUACACAGCUCUGCGCGGCCACGAGGAGAUCGCCAGGAUCCUCCUGGACGCCGGAAUCCACACAAAUGCUGUUAAUCAUCAAAACGCAUCGGCGACACACAUUGCGGUACUGCAGAACUUCCCAGCCAUGGUGAAGCUCUUCAUCGAUGCGGAGUGUGACCUUGACAUCCCUGACAAUAGGCUGCAGACCGCACUGCACAUCGCUGCGGAGCACGGCAGGCAGGACAUCGCCGAGAUGAUUCUCAUAGCGGGAGUUAAUCUGAAGCAGACAGACAAGCAAGGAAAAACAUCUCUGGAUGUCGCUGCCCGAGGCAAUCACAUCAACGUGGCAGACAUGAUUAUCAAAGCCGAUCGGUUUUACAAAUGGGAGAAGGACAAUCUGAACAGUGACUCUGACUCCUGGGUGGCAAAGCGCUUGACCUUUAAGCAAGAUCACAGGCUGGAGACGCAGCACAUUCGCUCGGUGAUGUGGAGAUUGGCUACUAAAUACCUCAAACCCGGGGAAUGGAAGAAGCUGGCACACUACUGGAAAUUCACUGAUGCCCAUGUCAGGGCCAUCGAGCAACAGUGGACAGGCACUAAGAGCUACCGGGAGCACGGCCACAGGAUGUUGCUUAUCUGGCUCCAUGGCGUGAUCACGGCAGGAGAAAAUCCGAUCAAGGGAUUGUACGAAGGCCUCGUGGGGAUUGGAAGAAGAGAUUUAGCAGAAAGCAUUAGGAAAAAAGCAAAUGCAGACUCUGCCUCUCCAAGGAAGUGCACAGUGAUGUAAGGCCAGGGGGAGCAGCACUCACUCUGCUACUCAUCAGAAGGCAGCUGCGACUUAAGGGCUUCUUGUCACAAAAAGCAUAAUUGGUGUGAAGCAAGGGAAUCGGUGAAUGCUCAUUGUCCAAAAUGUCUCUUCACACAAGGGGAGUUUUCUAGAGAUUUUUAUCAGCUCUUGUGUAUGGUCUGGGUGCUGUCGUGAGUUCAGUGACUGAGGAUCACUUGUCAGACUGCAUCAGGAAAUGUAACACUACUGUAACUUGUUUACAUCACAGGUUUGUAUAUAAAUUCUUAAUUGUCAGGGUUUUUUAAGUUAUUGGGGGGAAGCCUUUGUUUUCAGGAGUGUGGGUUUUUUUUUUGGGGGGGUGUCUAUUACUUGUAUCUUAGAUGUGUUUGUAAUUUCCCUCUAAGGGUGAGAAUUUCAGAAAAAGUCAAGGUCACCACUUGGUCCUUUUGGAACGUUAAGGGUUGGGAUCUUUAUUGUUUUGACUUUUCACAAAUGUUUCAGAGAAGAUCAUUACCAUAUACUGCUUAUAAAUGUACAUGUACUGUUUAUAAAUCAAAUAGGCAACUUCUUAACUCCCUGGGUUACAGCUUGAAAAGUGUAAAUCAUUGGUUAUCUACACCACCUAUAACAAGAACAUACGGUUUUCUUAGGUACCACUUUGUCAUGUGAUACUUCCUAUUGAUUUUUAGAGUGUUUGUUUCAAUGAGAAAACAAUGUCUCUAUUUCAAUAAAUCCUGAUUUUACCAUUAAA